UUUGCUUCCAGGCUUUCUCCCACUCGUGUCCCCGCCGCCCCCGUCGCAAUGGCCAGAAACCUCUUCUCCGUCCCUAUUUUCUUCAUCGUGUUCCGUGAGACCAUCGAGGCCGCGCUCAUCAUCUCCGUUCUCCUGGGUCUCGCAGAGCAGAUUGUGUACGACGACACCAACAAGUUCGGCCAGCGUCACCACAUUGCGGAAUCGUCCGAUACGGAGAAGGACGCGUCUGCCGACCCGGAAGAUGACACGGCUCACCGCAAAAUGCUCAUCCGCAAGAUGCGCAUUCAGAUCUUCUCUGGUGCCUUCCUCGGUCUCUUCCUUGCCCUUGCUAUCGGUGCCGCUUUCAUUGCUGUCUGGUUCACUAAGGCAUCGAAUCUCUGGGCCAAGUCCGAGGCACUCUGGGAGGCUAUCUUCGAGCUGAUCGCAUGUCUCAUGAUCUUCGUUAUGGGUAUCACCAUGCUGAAGAUGGACCGCGCCAAGGCUAAAUGGCGCGUCAAGCUUGAGCGCGCGUUCAGCGGUGCACAGGCAGACGGCGAGUCGCGUGCUGGACGCUGGGUGCUGUUCAUCCUCCCCUUCGUCACUGUGUUGCGUGAAGGUAUGGAGGCUGUCGUCUUCGUUGGUGGUGUUGCCCUCGGCCAAUCUGCUACGGCCAUCCCCAUCGCUGCUAUCGUCGGUCUCAUUGCCGGACUCGUCGUCGGCAUGUUCGUCUACAGCUUCGCCUCGCGGACCACCCUCUCGAUUUUCCUCAUCGUCAUGACCAACCUCGUGCUCCUGAUCGGCGCUGGCCUGUUCUCUCGCUCGGUGUGGUCCUUCGAGAAACACGCCUUCAACGUCAUCCUCGGUGUGGACGUCGACGACACGGGAGGAGACGGGCCGGGUUCGUUCCGCGUGCAGGGCAAUGUGUGGCACUUGGAAUGCUGCAGCCCCGAAAACAAGCUCAGCACGAACGGAUGGGGCAUCUUCAGUGCGUUCUUUGGCUGGACGAACUCCGCAACGCUCGGCUCUGUGCUCAGCUACGUCUUCUACUGGCUGGCAGUUAUCGCCGUCUUGGUGCACAUGAAGUGGAAGGAGGGCCGGACCAAGUUCUUCGGGAUUGAGUCCGCGGCUGGCGCCCGCCGGCGUCUUGCGCUGGAGGAAAAGUCGCGGGAGCCCAUUGAGCAAUCGCCCUCGAGGCCUUCAUCUGAGGUAGCCAAGUAACUUGUGUCCCGUUGAACGACCUGAGAGAUGCGUCAAAAAUACGCCUUUCAAGGGCUUGUAUGUACUUUUACGAUCUGUUAUUCGACGUCUCGCAAUGCUAUAACGAUCCUCUCCGUUCAAUUUCACAAGUGUGCAUC